AUGUAUCGGAAGUUGUCUAAGUUAGAACACUCGGAAAUAAAACAACUUCUUACAGAAGCUAAUAUAGAUGUUGCAAAGCAUUACGCAACAAACAAAAAAGCACUCGCUGACUUCAUUAAAGACUAUAAUGGUGCAAUAAGUUAUGAUAGAAUUCAUGAGUUCAUAAAGCCGCAACGCGGCGAGGACGAAGUCCAUGCAAGAGCAUUUCCUUUAAAUGACAUUGCUAUUGACUUAUAUCAUAGACGUUCAAUACCUCAUGAAGUAAGAAGAGAAAUGUUUGACAUAACAAAUGCAAACGUUGGUCAUACUCGUAAAGCUCUUUCGCAUGAUGUUCGUCAAGAAAUGUUUGACAUAACAAAUGCAAACGUUGGUGAAACAAGAAGAGCUGUACCUCAUGAAGUAAGAAGAGAGAUGUUUGACAUAACAAAGCCGCAUGACGGCGCGGGCGUAGCCCAUGCGAACGUUGGUGAAACAAGAAGAAGAGACGACACACUGAAACAACAGAGAAGAGAGAUGUUUAAAAGUGCUAUAGAACAAGUUCGCAAAGCUAACGAUGUCAUUCGUUCCAUUGACGACAAACCAAAAGAAGGUGAGAGAUGGUUAAAGAAAGAUGAAGAGAAUAGGAAGAGAAAUGUGAAGUCAGGCAAUAGACUCAUUGACUUUAACAUCGAAGCUUUAGAUGAACCAAACAGAGGAUAUUUACACAAACAUUUCGGUAAGGUUUUCAUGAGACUCUUAGAGAAAAUUAAAAUAAACUCCAACAGAGAUGGAUGGUAUGUUAUAAACUUGGUGGAAAGUAUGAAUGUUCUAC